AUGUUUCCACGACUACACCGCCUGGUGGUUUGUGUUCUCGUCUUAUGUAUGACGCGGAAUGUUUUCUCCAGAUCAUCUCAAAUAUCGGAUUUAAAAUCCAAAAUAUCUGGGGUUGAGGAGCUGUUGGAGGAAUUUCGCAAACAGCUGCAGCAAGAUCAGGCUUAUUCAAGAGACGAUGAAACGGGAGACGUGUGUUUGAAUGAUUUCAACGCCGUGGAAGAGCACAUCAUCCGAGCGAGAGACUCUAUAGAACACGGUGCCACAUUUCUCUCGGCUCCGAACAGAGUGUACAGUUGGGAAGAUUGCCUACACGCCUGCUGCGCUGAUCCGCACUGCACCGUGGCGGUGAUGCAGGAGGAUCUGAAGCAGUCGAGCGAAAGCCUCAGCUGUUACUUGUUCAAUUGUACUUACAGGAACAAAAAUGUCUGCUCGUUCUCUUAUCAGCAAGGGUUCAGCAUCUACAGUCGCGUGCACAACAGUACGAGGGUCCUCUCCCUUGCGGUGACCAGUCCCGGAAUAAGCAAACACGGCAACUCAAUUAAGAAAGUCCUGGACGAGACUCCGGCGGAUGAUUCUUUAAUGCAAGAUACGGAUGAACCUCCACGCAGUGAUGCUGGACAAGAUGUAGUUGUCCAGUUACCCACAGACUGGGCAGUGUUAGAUGGGAGGGACAGUAUCGAUGACCACGGAGUCACACGCUACGAGUGGGCCUUGGUCAAAGGUGACCCCACAGUUACCAUGAAGGUGACUCAUCCAGGACUUUUAAAGAUCAGUGACCUGCAAGAAGGAGUUUACACCUUUCAGAUGACAGUCACAGACACAGCCGGGCAGAAAAGCUCAGACAAUGUUUCCGUCACAGUGCUAGCACCAGAACACCAAGCAGAAGUGUGUACUGGUCACUGCACCCGUUACCAGUUCUUGUGUGAUGAUGGUUGCUGCAUUGACAUCAGUUACGCCUGCGAUGGCAAGCAGCAGUGUCCGGACCGGUCCGAUGAAGCGUUCUGCCAGAACUUCGAUGGAGGUCGUAAGACCAUAACUCAUUCAGAUGGUCCUCCCACCCCACCUCAGACUCCCGCUCAACCCGAUCCGUCAGAGGACCGUGCCAAGGUGCUCAAAGCACCCAAAAACUCUCAGCAGUUGGACAGAGGUCACUCCUCACUCCCUUCUCCUCCACAACCUCCCAAACAACCCGACAGCGGAGUCAGUCAAGAGCCCUGUUCGAUGCCCCCUGUGGUGGGACCCUGUAAAGGUGUUUUUCCGCGCUGGUAUUAUGACCCUGCAGCAGGAGAGUGUAAACAUUUCUUAUACGGAGGCUGUAAAGGGAAUCACAACAACUUCCUUCAGGAGCUGGACUGUGUCAAAGAGUGCAUUCAAAGACCUGGUCUCAGAUCACCCAUCUCCGAGGUCAAACCACAGAAUGACCUCCGAUUAUCCAAACUGGGCCACCCACCACCUGAAUCAGGUGCUAUCCUGCCAUUGGCUCUGGGGUUGAUCAUCAGUGCAUUAUUGCUGCUAAUGGUUGGCUGUCGCUUGCGGCUCGUUCGACGUAGGCUGAAGAAAGCCCGCCCACUCACUACCGAGGAGUCUGAUUACCUCAUCAAUGGCAUGUACCUCUAA